AACACUCAGGUGAGAACGUCUCAGGUGGAAAGCAGGAAGAGGGUGGCUAGUGCAAGGAUCAGAUAGCACCUGCUUGGACUCUCACUUAUUAAUGAUUUAACAAGGGCGGUCACAUGGGACAACUGCCGCUCUUCUCUGCCCUCAUUUUUCUCACUAACAGGUCUGAAAAUUGAACAGGAUGGACGGGUCCAGCAAAGAGGAGGAAGAUAGCACGUUCACCAGCAUUUCUCUUGCAGAUGACAUAGACCAUUCAUCAAGGAUUUUGUAUCCAAGGCCCAAAAGUUUGUUACCCAAGAUGAUGAAUGCUGACAUGGAUGCAGUUGAUGCUGAAAAUCAGGUGGAACUGGAGGAAAAAACACGACUUAUUAAUCAAGUGUUGGAACUCCAACAUACACUGGAAGAUCUCUCUGCAAGAGUAGAUGCAGUUAAAGAAGAAAAUUUGAAGCUAAAAUCAGAAAACCAAGUUCUUGGACAAUAUAUAGAAAACCUCAUGUCAGCUUCUAGUGUUUUUCAAACAACUGACACAAAAAGCAAAAGAAAGUAAGGGAUUAAUACCCGCCUGUUUUAUGGAAUUGCUGCUGAUCUUUUUUUCUUUAAAACUUGGAUAGAUUCCAAAAGUUACAGUACCUUUGUUUGUGGUUUCAUUGGAUAUUUAUGAAGAUAAUGUCAGAUGUAGGCAAAAUUAACAAUAACAGGAGACUUCUAUGAGUUUGUGAAUUAUGUUAGUCUAUGAAAACGUGCAAAUGUAUUGUAGAGACUUUAUAAUUAGAAUUGCAUAUAUUUAUGAAACUUAAAGAUGAAUGUUUUAUUGAAUUUGUUUUGAUUUGUAGGUUUAGCACUGUCUUUUAUUAUAUGCUUAGUUAGAUAUACAAGAAAAUAAUCACCAUGUUGUGACAAAGUGACCAAAAUCAUGUACUGAAUGCACAGCUUUAUGUACCCUGUCCACCAUUUUGUGCCUCUUCUCCAUUUGCUUCUUCCUUACUAGUUCCCUUCUCCUAAUGAAAAAGUCGGUUUCAUGUUUGUAAAAGAAUUUUAAUAGUUAAAAAUAAUCUCUGAGAGUAACCUGAAUUUUAGUUGUUGAAACUUAACCAAAAUGAGAUACGUUCUCAGCUAGGGCUUGUCAUUUGUGAUAUUUAGUAUUAAGAUAGGAUUGCUUGUUUCUCUCAAAUCAAUUGAAAACAGAUGGAGGCUAUAAAAAUGAAUACUUUUCUUUGAAAGUGAACUGUCAACUUGGGAAAGUUUGUUGUUAAAAAUUUUGUUUUUCACAAAAUAACCCACUUGGUAUCUGGAUAUGAGUUCUGAUUGUGUGUGUGUUUAAAAUAGAAAACCUUGAGGAAAAAUAGAAAUAGGGUGGAAAAGUACUUGGUAAACAGUAGUAACCAACUCAGUGUUUUCACUCCAGGUUUGUAUUUUCUCUGGCACAAAGUAGAUCUUCUGGGAAACAUAUGUGAAAGUGGAUUAAAUUUGACUACCCUUAUGUAAGCCACAUCUGGAAGAGAAUAGUUACAAGGAGUUUGGUCUCAAGGUUUAUUUUUCCCCAGAAGAUCAACUUUUGCAAAAUUCCCUAAGAGGAUAUUACUAUCAGAUUCAUGAAUAAAACGAGAGAGUUUUACAUGUAUACUAAUUGAUAAUCUUGUUCAAUAUUUUAUCUCACUUGUUCUCCCAGAAUUUUCUAUAAGUUCCACUACUUGGUUUGCAGUUUUAGUCAUCCUGUAACAAUUUUUAAAAGUUUAGUUUGUAGAUUCCAUUUGGUAAGGGAAUCAUUAUCAGAAGUAAUGCUAAAAUGUUAUAAUAGGAAAAGAGAUCCACUAAUAUAGCUUAUGGUUACUAGACUCGGGCUACUUUUAAUCAUAGAAUAAUCUUAUAUAUUGGUGUAAGAGUUGAUGAAUGACUUUAGCUGUAUGAAUAUACAAUAGUCACACUGCAAACAUUUUGCAUCCCUUUUGUGACCUAAUUUACAUACAUUUAAACUGUUGCAGUUCUGCUUUGCUGUUUAAUAAAAGGCUGUUUCAGA